AUGCACAGACUCCCGCUGCUCAGAAAUCUGGGUUUCGAGGUCACACAACCGGAGACCGAGCCUUCUCUCUCUGCCCCGCUGCCGAGUCCGGAGGACGCGCCCGCGUGCCCGGCGAGCGUGGCGAGUUCGCUGGGAGGAACCGCGGCGCUUCCUUUCCAUGCUUCGCCGUCCUCUUCCCCACCGUUCGUCUCCCCUCUGAAGUGCCAUGGCGACGCAAACCUGUCUCGAGACUCCGCAAUCUCUUCUGAGGCGCGAGGGGAACCGCCGCGCGGGCUCAAGUCGCUGAAAAGUCCCCUCAAACCUCGGAGACACUUCCCUUCUCUCUUGGCUUUCUCGCCGCCGUCCUUGGUGUCUUCCGGUCCCCGUGUCACGCUGUCGGCUUCCCCGCCUGUGAGCGCCCGACCCUCGAGCCGAGGCACCGCGAAGGAGCCGGAGCUGGCGGGCCGUCUGCAGCAGCAAGAUGCCGAGGCGGAAAGCGCCGCGGGGACAUCGGAGACGCCGGAGAAAAGUGACUUCCGUUCAAGGGAUGGCUGGGAAACGCAGCGCGAAAACGGGCACGCCGGCAAGGAUCGCGAAGAUCACGCAGACCAGGCCGCCCGCGGUCUCGCAGAUGUUGAGCUGUUUGGACUCACGGACGGUCAAUGCACGAAAACAGAACCGCGGGAUCGAGACGGAAUGACAGACUCCCAGAAAAUCAACGGCGGCCAGCCGAGCGCCUCACAGGGCGAGACCACCUUCUCCGUCCAAACAAUAGAACUAGACCGCAAAGAUGAUUUCCGUCUCAAGUAUCUCCAGAAACUGUCAUACUCGCACGGUUUGAUGACAAUUUUCGACUGGGACGACACGCUGCUCUGCACGUCGUUCCUGAAUGCAGUCUGCCACACUCCGGACUGGCGCCUGGCGUGCGAUGAGCACCUCCAGAAGAUUGAGGUGCACGCGAAAGCGUUGCUCGAGCUGGCAAUGCGCUUCGGACGAGUCUUCAUCAUAACAAACGCCGUGGAAGGCUGGGUUGAGCACUCCUCCAAAAAGUUUCUGCCCGGCUUGGUUCCUCUCUUGCAAAAAAUCCCCAUCAUCUCGGCGCGAAACCGAUUCGAGGCGGUCUUUCCCGGAGAGUAUCAUCAGUGGAAGGUCCAAGCAUUUCUGGAAGUUCGCCGGCAGCUCAACCGCGAAAUCAUCACCAACCUGAUCUCGGUGGGGGACUCCAUUAUUGAGAUGGACGCCGUCCAUGUCAUGGGAAAGGAAUUCUCGCAGGCUCUUGUUAAAACUGUAAAGCUUCGGGACGAUCCUUCUCCGGAGGAGCUUGCGAAGCAACUGGAGGUGGUUUCCAGCAAGUUCGAAAGCAUUUGUCAGAGUGCAUGCAAUCUGAGGGUCGGCCUGGAAAGGACGUGGGCAGACGACACCGACGAAGAGGGCCCAGACGGCGAGUACGGAUCGUUUGUUCCGGCUCCAGGGCGCUUCGGAACACCGCCUCUGGCUGACACAGCCGGCGACGCUUCGCCAGUCUCUGGCCGAGAGCCUGCGAGUCAGGCGAGCAUCCAGUUUUCUGCGCGGGGGAAUUUGCGGGUGCACGAGGAUUUUGCAGGCCAGAGAAGCGGGAACGAGGCUCCGCGAGAAGAGGGACGCGCACAUGCAAGGUACCUCGCACUGGAGUCUCGAGCCUGGCAGGCGCUACACCACAUACGCGAGGAGUACGGGAUCCACAUCCUGCAUCGGCUUAUUGAAGAGCACGGCGUGCAUGCACUCCAGCGCAUGAUCGACGAACACGGGGUGCAAAUAGUGCAGCAGAUGGUCGAGGAGCGCCGCUUGCGAGCGGCUGAGACGGAGACAGGCGACGCUUCCGGAGCUGGGCCACGCCACCUCGAUGAGGGUAGGCGGGCGGUCCUCGACGCAGCCCAAGAUGUGAGCGCUGAGGUGGGGGGCCGAGAAGAACUGUCUCAAGACCGAGCGCUAUCAGUCGUCGAGGCGACAGGGGCGAGAUUCGGUCCAGAGCGAGAACUGACACCAGACAGCGUCUAUGCCAUCCAGGAAGUGCUUGCGCGCGACGCGAGUGGGAUGCAGCCCAUUCGAGAGGAGCAAGAUCCGUUGGCUUCUCAAAAAUCCCCCGACGCCCAGAGGAUUCGGAACAGCCAACCCCCUGAUCACCAGCGCCGGAGACAGGAGUUCCCAUUGCUCGCUCACGAGCCGCCAGCCGUCGGAUACACAAGCACGCCCUUUCCCAGCGAGUUGGGCAUCCCCGUCUUUCCCGCCGCCUGCUUUGUCGUCUUUCCGUGA